AUGGACCGUCAUCAGCGCGUGGUGGCGGAAGUCGCCGCCAAAGUCAAGGAGUAUUUCAUACGCAAAGAGCCAUUCCGAAUUUCACAUGGCUCCACCAAUAGCACACGUCCAAAUCUUAAAAAACGCGUUGUCGACAUCAGCUCUCUCCGCAAUGUCAUCAAUGUUGAUACAUCAGGCAAGACAGCGCUCGUGGAGCCCAACGUCCCAAUGGAUCGCCUUGUGGAAGCGACACUACCGCAUGGACUCGUACCGCCUGUGGUCAUGGAAUUUCCUGGAAUCACAGUAGGAGGUGGAUAUGCCGGGACAGCGGGCGAAAGCAGUAGUUUCAAGUAUGGCUUCUUCGAUCGAACGAUCAACGAAGUAGAAAUGGUCAUGGCAGAUGGUGAGGUGAUCAAAGCGAGCGAGAAAGAGAAUAAAGAUCUAUUUCAAGGUGCCGCUGGUGCGGUGGGCACACUGGGGGUUACGACGCUCGUUAAUCUGAAGCUCAUCGAGGCAAAGAAAUACGUGAAGACGACUUACUACCCAACUCGCAGUGUGGCACAGGCUGUGAAGGAAGUUAGAGACCAGACCGACGGCCAAAAGGGAGAACAAAAUGAUUACGUUGAUGGUGUCCUGUUUGGGAAUGACCAUGGUGCUGUUAUUACAGGUGAGAUGACGGACGAGCUUCCACCAAACACCAAACCGCAGACAUUCAGCAACCCCUGGGAUCCCUGGUUCUAUCUCCAUGUCCAAGCAGCCACACGUUCAACAAAUGAACCAGUAGUUGAUUAUAUCCCGCUAGCCGAAUACAUGUUUCGCUAUGAUCGCGGUGGCUUCUGGGUUGGCCGGUCCGCUUUCAGCUACAUGAGAUUUCCUUUUAACAAGUACACGCGCUGGUUCCUCGACGACUUUCUUCAUACACGUAUGCUGUACCGCGCACUGCACGCUUCUGGCAUUGCUACUCGCUACAUCGUUCAAGACAUGGCAGUUCCAUACCCAAACGCAGAAAAAUUCAUCAACUAUACCGACAAAAACUUCAAUAUCUGGCCUAUAUGGCUUUGCCCAUUGAAACAAAGCAAGCAGCCAACCAUGCAUCCACAUACGAAGGGUAAACUCAAAGAUGACCAGAUGCUCAACAUUGGCCUGUGGGGAUUUGGACCCAAAGACCCUGAAGAAUACCUUCACAAGAAUCGUGCACUUGAGAAGACGCUUGGAGAGAUGGGCGGAAUGAAGUGGUUAUACGCGCACACAUAUUACAGCAAAGAAGAAUUUUGGUCGCAAUUUGACCGCGAGUGGCACGAGAAGCUACGGAAGAAGUACGGGGCUGAGACGUUCCCUGGUGUGUACGACAAGGUGCAUGUCGAUAUCGAAAAGUACACGAAGCUGGUUUCUAAGGACUGGGGGCUGAAACUGAGAGGUAUCUGGCCAUUGGGAGGACUAUGGGGAAUAUGGCGGUCAAUUCAAAGUCGUGACUACAAGAUACACCAGAAUUCCACGUGGAGGUGGAGGAAUUGA